UGGGGGACCGAGGUCUGGGGUGGCAUCGCUUGAACUCAACGGCCAUGCAGGGCCAAAGGAGUACAAACAGCGUCCCGAUGACGGUCCCACAACCAGGCAUCUCCUCUCACCCUACCCACUUCUGCGACACCUUUUCACACACCCCACAUUUUACAGACAUGUCCAGGUUUGUCGCUUACGUCCGAGGCAGCUGUGGCACCAGAGAAAAGGCUCGCGCAUUUGCUCUUCAGAUGCUCUUAAUGCUGGAACGUUUCGUAGAGCUCUUCGUUUCGGACCCCCAAGAUCACGAUCUUAGAGCGAGAGUAACGACGUUGAGAAGCACACCAUGGGAUAGCGAUUACCGUCAUGGGCCCCUGAUGCCCUCACCAAGCAGCCUCUCCAGUUCAACCACCAGCACUAUGGGAUACAGCCUGUCCUCCUUGAAGACAAGUGCCUCCUUUACCCGUCUCCCCCUUGCGGCCAUCCAGCCUGACCUAACAAACAGACAUGCCAUUCGUGCACCGUCAGUAGUACCCAGUGGUCACCCACACAGUCAGCAAGUCCCCAACCCCCAGUUAUCUGGAAGAAUCGGAUGUGGAAGACGGGAGCUCGGACUUGGGUUCUGAUUACGAAACUCAACGUGGAUUCCACCCGAUUCGGCGAGUGGAUCUAGACAGCAAGAUAUACCACGAAUUAGGUGAAUUGAUGAGGAGGCCUCUUAAGCCCGAGGACUCGGGUAAAGGAUAUGUUUACAC